CAUCAUAGUAGCUGCUCUCAUUCACCUUCGCACUUUCACAAGAUGGCCUGGUCAAACACAGCCCGCACAUGUUUUGCUGUAUGCAUAUCCUCAGCUAUAACCGUGGUAGCACUUUUUCUUCUUAUCCGUCCUGGUCAUGAUAAUAUGGUAGCUACCCUCGUUGACGGCGUGCGAGCCGGAUCCUCAGUUUAUACUGCCGGUAACUCUCACCCUAAGCCUAAGGAGUGUCCGUCUGUUCAUUCACAAGAGCUAUCCCCCGUCAAAUUCAUCAAAGAUCCAUGGAAGCAUCCGGUUUACAAUAGAAAGGAACCCAGAGAGAUAGACUGGUGGGAAGAUCUUCUCACACCAAAUGGAGGUUUCCUUAUGGUCAAGGAACAGGACGGCGAGACAAACCAAAUCGGGGUAUCGAUGUUUCAUCAGUUGCACUGUUUGAGCAUGAUUCGAACAAUGAUCCUAAUGGGAGAUAUACACAUGGAUCACGUUCAUGUUGAGAGCCGUGACAUGAAUCAGAGUGCGAAAGACCGCGGACAUUUCCUACACUGCUUUGAUUACAUAGUUCAGGCUAUCCUCUGCACAGCAGAUGAUACAUUGGAAAGAUCGGGUAAAGUAUUGGUUCCCGGGGGUGAGGAGGUGGAUGGCAUUAAUGGCGUAGGCCAGAUGCACCAAUGUCGUAAUGCUACGUUGCUUUAUGACUAUGUGCUGCAGUCUGAGAAGGUCCCUGUUAAGGCGGAUUUAGUCGGAGACUACUUGGUAUUCCCAUGAGCGAAUAAAUCUCAUAUGCAGCAUAGUUGGUAUAAUGCAGGAAGUGGUGAAGCUAAAGGGUAUCACAUGAUCUACGAUAACUUAGAUAAGAAAAGGGGUACCCCUGAUGACUCCACCUAUAGGUAACAUAGGUAGGCCUUAAUAGAAAAUGGAAGCGAG